AUGACACUAUCAGCAGUCCUUAUAAUUGCCCUGUUGGGUCUCCAGGUCAGUGCCCUACCAGGUAGGGACGAGUCGACCAUCGUGCGACGAGCCUGCCCUGACUACACGUCCUAUGCAUCGACGCCGCACGGCCCUUAUAGCGGUGGUCCUCUAAAUCUUCCUUUCCAGCGACCUGCGGAAGUGUGUCGGACAUUCUCGUCACCAGCCGUCGAGAAAAUUAUUGACGAUAUCACCUCGCGUCUUCUCGAUAAGGACCUGGCGCAGUUGUUCCGCAACGCCUUCCCAAACACUCUAGAUACCACUAUUCGGUGGCACCAGAAUGUAUCAACGCCCACUAAUUCCAAGGCCAAGAGAGAUGGCCCUCAGUGGACUGGCGUGCAGACAUUUAUCGUGACGGGCGAUAUUAACGCCGAAUGGUUGCGCGAUUCGACCAAUCAGCUCACUAACUACCAAAAGCUAGCUGCUAAGGAUAAGAGUCUCUACUCCCUCAUCCUCGGUGCUAUCGCCACCCAAUCCGAGUUUGUCAUUCAAUCGCCUUACUGCAAUGCUUUUCAGCCUCCGUCUGCCAGCGGCGUCAAGCCCGAGAACAGUUCCCAAAAGGAUACCGUGCAUCCUGCCUACAACCCGUCUUUUGUUUUCGAGUGCAAGUAUGAACUAGACUCGCUAGCCCAUUUUCUCCAGCUGGGCACUGAGUUCUAUGAGAACACUGGCUCGACGGACUUCCUGACAGACCGGUGGUACAAGGCGCUGCAAACUGUGCUGAAAACCAUCGACGCACAAUCCCAGCCUACAUUCAAUUCGAAAAACCAGUUUAUCACAAACCAGUAUACCUUCCAGCGUGAAACCACCAUUGGGACUGAGACUCUCAACUUGGCUGGUGUGGGAAACCCGCUCAACAGCGAUACCGGCCUGAUUCGCAGUGCUUUCCGUCCCAGUGACGAUGCCACUAUUCUCGGCUUCUUCAUUCCUCCCAACGCCCAGAUGUCAGUGCAGCUUCAGAAAACCGCAAAGGUCAUCAAAACCGCAGGCGGUCCCGCCGAUCUAGUCGCCGACCUCGAGGAACGCGGUACCAAGCUCGCCAAGGCAAUCCGUGACCAUGCUAUCGUCCAGCACCCCAAGUAUGGAGAUGUCUACGCCUUUGAAGUCGAUGGUUACGGCUCUCGUAUCCUCAUGGACGAUGCCAAUAUACCCUCCCUACUCUCCCUCCCUUACCUCGGCUUUGUGGACAAGUCAGACACCGUCUACCAGAAUACCCGCAAGAUGAUCACCGACAAGGCAUCUAACCCUUACUUCUUGGAAGGGCCUCAAUUCCACGGCAUCGGUGGUCCCCACAUUGGACUGCAGAAUGCCUGGCCCAUGUCUCUACUUGUGCAGGCUAUGACUUCUGACGACGACGAUGAGAUCAUUGGCAACCUCAAUCUUGUGCGCAACUCUAGCUUGCUUGGACUUGUUCAUGAGUCUAUCAAUGUAACUAAUAUCAAGGACUAUACUCGUCCUUGGUUCGCUUGGGCGAACUCGGUCUUUGCUCAGACCGUUCUUAAGGUUGCUGCUGAGAGGCCGCAUUUAAUUUUCGGGGAAAAUGCUGAGCCUUAUAUCAUCCGGUAG